AUGAGCUCGUCAACAGCGUUCCCACACGGUGAAGUUUUCCGAUUCUCAUUUUCAGGGAAUGGUCGACUGGUUCUCGGCAUCAGCUCUUCUCGCAUUGUCAUACUAGACGUGGCCACUGACCCAGUCGCUGUCAAGCAUGAGCUCAAGACUCGAAGGCGACCACUGGGAGCCACAAUCCGUCAUGACGGCUCUCUUGUUGCUGUUUUGUCUUCCACGCAUCGAGUUCACAUCUACCAGCUCUGUGAUGAUGAAGCCAAGCAUCUUCAAGUUAUUACGUUGAACGAUGCUCCAAGGAACAUUGAAUUCUCUCCAGCAGGUAGUGUGUUAGCCUUGGCAUUUCAGGAUAGUAUUGAGAUAUACGCUGUGGGCGAAGGGGCUUUGUCAACCGACCGCCGGGCGGUGCGUUGCCCCCGUGUCGAUGCACUUUCAUUUUCGCCUGAUGGAGCAAUGCUUCUUGGCUUUGUGGCUGAAGGUAUCACCACCAUCACUCCUCCUUUUUAUACUGAGACUGGAACGGAUGCCUCGCCCGAGGAACUUGAGAUGCGAAUGUGGACAACACAAAUCCUCUUUCCUGAAACCAUUAGUUGCCGUAUCACUCAUGUCUCACUUGUUACUGGUCAAGGAGAAGCUGACGAUCACUGGGUCAUUGGAUAUGAUAAACAAGUGGGAGCGUUUAGGGCGCUCCAAUUAAAUAAGAAUGAAGGUACUGUUUACUUCUGCAGCCCAUUUCUCGCAGAUGAGUCUCGGGAAAUACGGCCAAGCAUGAGACCCGCCACAGAUGAUGCGGGAGAACUUUCUGUUUUGGGAUUCCAAGAUUCAGAAUUGUGGAUAUAUGGGAUGCCUGACUUGGGUGCAAGUAAAAUCUCUGGUACCCAGGUUGGUGGUGGUCAUCAUUUUGAAGAUUGUCCGCCUCACGACAACCUAGUACAACUUCAGAAGAUUGUUCAACAACCGAAGAUCUUGGUCCGGGGGCGGCGGGUGAGUGGCAUGCGUGGGAUCACAUCCGCUCAUUGGGUACGUUCAGACUCAAGACGUCGUCGGAGACUCGUCGCGGUAGCGCCUGGUGGUGUGCACUCACAGAACUUUGGCGAAGAAGAUAUUCCAAUUGACAGUGGCCGAAUCCUCCUCCUUGAUUUUGAGCGCUCCAUUAGGAAUGGUGAAACGAUUGAGCUUGAUAUCGAGGUCGGAGAAACCGCACCGAAGAUUCUUAUGGAGCCAGACUCUUCUUUGGCCACAGAAGUUGAACUUGAAAGAAGGCGAACACGAAUACAUCGUGGCGAUAAUGCUACAACUUUCGCAGCCAUUGGUAAUCUAGCGAUUACUCGAGAAUCUCGAGCUCCGCCACUUAACAGCCUUGCAAUUACUACCUCGCCAAGCGAGACUUCUCGAGGCGAUAUAAUCGACCUUCCAUAUGACAAUACGCAGCCUCGUUCCAGUGAGAUUCUACAUCGAGCCGCCACUGCGGCUGCAUCUACCCGUGGGCGAUAUGACCCUCGAUAUCGUAAUACCUUCAACGCCCCUCGACAAAUCCCUCAUGAGAGUGACGCCGACAAUUGGGUGCCACCUCCUCCUCCUUACAAACGCGAGACAGUGGACCCGUUGCCAGAUGAUCUACAGCGAAUGCUUCUCCACCCAGUCAAUGCCGCCAAUUCUACCCUCCAAGCUGAAAAUGAAGCAACCCGUCCACGCUCACAAUCUGUCAAUUUUCAGAAUCCAGAAACUUUGACUGGCGCCAGGCACACAGAAAAUUCCAAUGCCGGAGACUUCAACCCAGAGCAUUUAGUCCCCCGAGAUUCGUUCACAAUCAACCUUUCAGAAGAACAGCCUGGAUCUAUUUUGCGUUCACCUACAACGAUUGAACCCGCUACGCCUACGUUUGCUGUGUAUCCAGCUGAAAUACCCCCACACGAAAACAGCAUGUCUCUUCCAUAUUUGAGAUCCUCAGCACUGGGCGAUGCACAUGGUGAUGCUUACUUCCCAUACUCUGUAUCAUCGCCAAACCUUCUUCACAUUCCACAGCCAUAUGAUGACGGACAGGGCACUGUAGCAGAUGACGAGCAUGAAAUAUCUCAGAGGCAACAGUCUUUCCGCAGGAGGGUUUCAACAGAACCCUCUAGCUUACCGCCACCAACGAACGAGGAAUGGCGCCGGCGCAUUCAGGAUUGGAAUGAUAACACGAUUAAGGAGCGGGGUCGUAAACGAAGGGGGAAGUGCCAUGUCAUGUAG